AUGGAGAUACAUCCUCCGUCGCUUAUGAAAACAACUGUGGAAGUAUUUUGUCCAUCCAAUACUAUCGAGUUGGGGUACACGGCGAGCGACAUUCGUGGCUCAAGGACUUCAUAUCUCAAUACAGUGCUAUUACAGCCUGCGACAUCAGAAGAUGCUUUCCGUUGCUCUACGGCAACCUUUGUUCAAGCCGUGCUUUUGUCUUCCAACAUCAAUGCAUCAAAUCUCUCACCAUCAUUGGACCCUGCAAGUACUCACCAGGGUCGACCUGCUAUUCUCUGA